GCCCGGGAGGGGAGCUGGGGCCGAGCCCAGGCGGCGGGAGAGAGGGCGAGUCUGAUUCAGGAAGUUGUGUCUCUGACAUCAGGAGCAGGACGGAGUUGGAGUGAAACCUCAAAAAUGCGAGGCGUCGGCCCGAGGGAGGGCAGAGAACGCAGAGGGUGCCUUCCUCCAGGAGAGCGGCAGGUACGCGCGGCGCCCGGCCCCCGCUGAGCCCCCGACUCGGCACCUGGCUCCACGAGGGGGAGGGGCGGGGGGACGGGCUUCCGCACUGGGACCUUGACCUCACCCGGGACCCGCCGCUGUCAGACGGGCCGCGCGCGCGGGAGACCCCUGAGCCACCGCGCCUGCAGGAAGCCCUCCGGUGGACUGAAAGCUGCUAACAUUGGCAUGCCCAAACCCAAAGCUGGAAGAGGAAUAAGUUACAAGUGGACAAGGCUGCAUCCUCUUGAGCCCAGGACUUGCUAGUGAGCUGAGAGUUUCCCUUGGCCCCAGUCUAGCCAAGCACCAUGGAGAAAAUCAGCUCCUUCUUCAGCCUCAUUUGGGACACCAUCUUGACCAAACACCAAGAGGGCCUCUUCAACACCAUCUGCCUGGGCGUCCUCCUGGGGCUGCCCCUGCUGGUGGUCAUCACCUUCCUCUUCAUCUGUUGUCAUUGCUGCUGGAGCCGGCCAGGCAAGAAUGGCCAACAGCCAGAGCGAAACAAGGGGAAGAAGAGGAAGAAGAAGAAGAAGGCUGAAGAAGACCUCUGGAUCUCUGCUCAACCCAAGCUUCUCCAGAUGGAAAAGAGGCCAUCACUGCCUGUCUAGUUAGGCAGGAAGCAUAGGCGUCCUUCCUCGGGGGCUAAGCCACCUUCUAACUACACACAGGCUAGAGAGCAGCAAUCCCUAAAGUGAUGCGCUUAUGUCCACAGAGGAACUAACCAAGGGACAAACCUCAGGCUGAGUGCCCCACCAGAGGACAGCCCAGGAAGAACACGGACAAUUCUUGGGUACUGUCUUGGCAGCUAUGUGUCCAGUAGCAAUGCUCUUUGCCACAGACUCAGGCAUGCCUUCCACCUAUCUCUAGCAAGCUCCAUAUGCAAAAGCACAAAGAACGUUUGUCCAUACAUCUUGACAUGUCUCCCAAAUGCACACACAUGCACACACAUAUACACACACACAUUCAGGCAACGGGUACCUGGACAAAUAUAUUCUGUUCAUCAAAUGGCCAUUGAAUAUCUACUUUGUGCAAGUACAUUAUCUGCUCUCCCAAAAAUGUCUCAUAGGAAGGCCCGGCCAGAUUCUAGCACACAUGCACAAUUAUAUAACCAGGCAAGGUACCUCUGCACUGUCUACCCAUCUACCACUCAGGUUAGAGAUAUGUGCUUUCUUGUUCCUAUCCCUCCAUAACGUUUUACUGGAAAUCCUCAUAUUUGGACAUUCCAGCAACCUGGUACAGUUCCCAUCCCUGUAUAUUGAUACAGACACACAAAGUUCCCAUGUUUCUCAUCUGGGAGGCAAAGUUUAAAGUGGGAAGGAUCAAAAUUCAUUGAAAGCACCAUCUUGCAACUCAUGACAAGGUCCCCAUUUCCACUGAUAGGUAUCUAAUGUUGUCUAAGACCUCUCUUUGAGACGCUACCCCCAGAACCACUCAACAAGGUGCCCUUCUCCAAGCACAAACAAACAGCUCUUGGAAGUGACUUCUAGAAUUAUCUGGAAACCAGGCAUACUCCAUCCACUUCAGUGAACUGCAGUUGUGGACCUGGGCAGUGUCUGUUUUACAGAUAGGAAAGGGAUGUUACACCUGAGCUAGGGAUCUCCUGUGUAACCAAAGCUUUUCAGCAGGGAAGGAAUUAAGACAAUUUCUGGUACAGUCUCCCAGAAGGCACACUGGAAACACUUUCAUAAGGUUGUAAUAGCUGCAUGGUAUGCUGCAGAUGGGAUACAGAAGUUAUAGAGCGUAAACGAAAGUAGAAGGAAGCUAUAUAGAGGUUUAGUCAUAUUUAUCUCGAAGCUCAGGCAAGUGCCUUGCACACAGUAGGUACUUAGAACUGUCUAUGGUUGCUGUUGGGUAUGCAAUGAUGUUAAGGGUAAAUGUGUAAUACCUCGCUGAUCCCCCCAAGUGACCUUCUUUCCUGAGCCCACUAAUUGCUGCAAAGGGUGGAAGGUGGGCAUUGAAUGCUCCCCAGAGGCUGCAUGCAGAACCAACAGUCAGGUUGA